AUGGAAGGCGAGUGCGCGGAGCGGCGGAAGAAAGCUAAGCUGGCGAUCAUCGAGAUGGCCCACGCCAUCAGCCUCCCAAUGUCGCUCACCGCCGUCGUCCGCCUCAACGUCGCCGACGCCAUCUGGCAAGGCGGCGCCAACGCCCCUCUCUCCGCCGCCGAGAUCCUCUCCCGCCUCCAUCCUCCUCCUCUUUCUUCUUCCCCGGCGGAUCCCCAGAACCUCCAGCGCAUCCUCCGCCUGCUCUCGGCCCACGGCGUGUUCGACGAGCACGCCGCCGCCGCAACCGGCGAGAGGAAGUACUCCCUGACGGAUGUCGGCGAGACGCUGGUCACGGAUGCCGACGGGGUUUCCUACGCGGCCUACAUCCUCCAGCACCACCAGGACGUCCUGAUCAGGACGUGGCCGCUGGUGCACGAGACGGUGACGGACCCAACGACGGAUCCGUUCGUGAAGGUGCACGGCGAGCCGACGUACGAUUACUACGGGAAGCGGCCGGAGAUGAUCGAACUGAUGCGGAAGUCGAUGUCCGGCACGUCCGCACCGUUCAUGAAGGCCCUGCUGGGCGGCGACUACGGCGGGUUCCACGGCGUCAAGACAUUGGUCGACGUCGCCGGAAACAGCGGCGAUUCCCUGCGGAUGAUCCUACCCAAGUUCCCCAACAUCCGAGAAGGAAUCAACUUCGACCUGCCCGAAGUCGUUGCCAAAGCUCCUGUCAUUCCCAACGUGAAGCAUGUAGGUGGCGAUAUGUUCAAGUCCAUACCUAGUGGUGAUGCAAUCUUCAUGAAGUGGGCUUUGACGGCUUGGACGGAGGAGGAAUGCAAGAAGGUAAUGGAGAACUGCUACAAGGCGCUGCCACAGGGAGGGAAGCUGAUCGUCAUCGAGCCCGUGCUGCCGGAGAAGAGCGACCACAGCCUCAGGACGCGAGCCCUGCUCGAAUCCGACGUCUUCAUGAUGACACUUUACAGGGUGAAGAGCAAGCAGAAGACAGAGGAAGAGUUCAAGCAGCUUGGCCUGGCUGUUGGCUUCACCAACUUCAAGGCGUUCUACUACGUUGAUUACUUCCUCACCCUCAUGGAGUUCCAGAAAUAA